UGAUGGAACAGCCGCAACCGCCCUUUUACCUCUCCAAGGCAACCGUAGCACUACCGCAACUCCCUCACUCUCUCACCUCCACACCAUGUCGUUUCAGUCCUCCCCCUCACAUCUAGCCUAAACAUUCAAACAUCGGCUCCCAACAACCUAAACAAACCUUAAACCCGAAAGCUAUUACUAAUUUCUCUUUUUCUUUUCCUCUCUAAGCCGUAGCCUCUCUCUUCUCUCUAAUACCUCUCGGCCAACCACCAAAUCUCUUCAAACGUGUUUCCCUUGCUCAUCUCAUGGCUGAUGCCAUCGAAGUCCUUGUUGCCGAGGUCUGGUGCUCGUCUCCUUCACCUUAUCUGCGGUUCAGCCCAAUCACCCAAAAUUCCCAUUCCUCCUCCCAAAACUCCCACUCCUCCCGCUUCUCCUGAAUCACCUCCGAACCCUGCUCCAGCUUCUCCCGAAUCACUUGAGGACCCUCUUGCCGGGAUUAAUGCUACUCUUAGAGAUAUCAAUCACACAUUGAUUGAUAUCUCUAAAGUAAUAGCAAAAAAAUGAAUCUGAAUAGUUUGCAAUUUCAAUGUUUAGUGCCUAUUAUUUUUAAGGAGAUGAUCUUAUACCACAUGUCUAUGAGCUUCCACCAGAGUUGUUCAAUUCCUUAGUAAAUUGCCUACCUCCUUUGGCCUUGCAAAAGUUGCAAAGUGAAAUGCUGUUUAGGAGCUAUGAUGAUUAUGAUUCUACUAGUGAUGACUUAAAAAAUGGGAGAAAACGUGGAAGAAAUGGGAAUUUCGAUAAAGCAUGGAAGGCAUUGUUUAAGUUGCGUUGGCCUGAUCUUGUAAAUUGUGUCCAACCGGUUGAUUGGCAGCAGAUCUAUUGGGAAACACAUGUGCAAAGUUGCCUAGAUGAAGCAGCAGAGCUGGCUUUGCUCCCAUCAUUUAGUGGAUGCCUUGGUGCAAUACAGAUUUCAGAGAACAUACUGAAAUAUAUUGGUUAUGUGGAUCAUAUGAGUAACUCAGCUUCAGAAUUAUUGAAAUUGUCUUAUCACUGUCAGCAAUUUGGCAAUUAUGCUAGAUGUUUGAGACUUCAAAAUGUGCUCUGUGUUGUAGAAUCUAGUCAACUUUUGAGGAACUCCAAGUUGCAAAGCUUGGUGGUACGGUGGAUCAGAUCCUUUGAACAUGCUGAUGGAUUAUGCAAACUUCUCAGUCAGAAUUGUAAAACAUUAACAUCUCUUAAAUUUGUACACUGCAAGCUUUCUUCCAGCUUUAUGGAUGCUAUUUGUGGUUCCCUGUACUUGGGAGGUGCAGAGACUCACCAAAUACAGCACUUCUCUGUUAGCACUUCAAGCUUUCUUGAACCGAAUCCAGUGUCCUUAGCUCAUAGACUUGCAUCAUUUCUAUCAGCGGGAAGGUCCUUGUGUUCAUUAAAGCUAUGUGACAACCACCUGGAUUGGAAUUUUGCAAGAAGGGUUUUCAGUACUCUGCUUGAUGCUUCAUCCAGUCUAUCAAUCCUUGACCUUUCAGAGAACAAUAUAGCAGGAUGGCUGUCGAAUUUCAACUGGAGAUCAAAUGCCCUUCUGUCAUCUUCAGGAGUGGCCAAAUCUUUGCAGUCAUUGCGCAUCCUCAAUUUACGGGGGAAUAAUCUACGGAAAGAUGAUGCUGGUAGCCUAAGAUAUGCCCUGGUUCAUAUGCCGAGCUUGGAGAUUUUGGAUCUUAGUGACAACCCAAUUGAAGAUGAUGGCAUAAGAAGUUUAAUCCCUUAUUUUGCCGAAGCAUCUAAAAUGUUUUUUCCCUUGACUGAUUUGAAUUUGGAGAACUGUGAGCUUUCCUAUGACGGAGUGACUCAGCUAUUGGAUGCCCUAUCAAGCGUAGGAAAACCAUUGAAUUCUCUCUCCGUUGCUGAUAAUGGCCUUGGCAGCCAAGUAGCAGAAGCUUUAGGAAACUUUUGGGGUACAUCUAUCCAAGUAUUGAAUCUCGAAGGUAUUGGACUGGGUCCCUCUGGCUUUCGAAAACUAAAAGAUGUAGGAAUGGAGGACUUGAUGCUUGUUGAAAUUAACAUAAGCAAAAACCGUGGUGGCAUUGAAACUGCAAAGUUUUUGUCAAAGCUUAUCCGGCAGGCUCCUAAACUGAUUGCAGUUAAUGCAGCAUAUAAUCUUAUGCCUGUAGAAUCAUUGAUCAUAAUAUGCUCUGCGCUGAAGACUGCAACGGGUCAUCUAGAGCAAGUGGACUUGACAGGGAAUAUUUGGGACUAUCAGCCCUCUCAUGAUACCAUGCUUGCUGAAUUUCAACAUAAUGGAAGGCCUAUUUUAAUUCUUCCCUCAUCAGUAGCCUCAGAUGUACCUUAUGAUGAUGAUCCCUAGCUGACAUUGAUUUGCUGCAUUUAUGUUUUAGAAAUGUCAAGCUUAAGUAAUAUUGUCUUUGUUUAAUGUUGUGUGCUUUAGUUCUUCCAGGUCAUGAGUAGCAAGCGUUGUUUGGUGGAUGGACUGGCCUGAUUUUGGUGGUUGCAUGUUGUUGCUAUUAAAUACAUUUUCAGUGCAAGUUUAGUGAUUCAAUUAGGUGUUAGCUAGUUCUGAAUUACGCUUUCUACUGGCCUAACUAGUUUGGUUGGUUUUGAAUUUUUUCAAGACAAAAUAAAUGAGUUUGUUCUGCGCAA